CUUCCCGAUGAGAGGACAAGGUACACGGCGAUAAUCGAUGCCAUCCUCGCUACGGCCGACCUCGAGACGAUAUCCCGAAAGAAGAUUCGCCAAGGCCUUGAGACGUCGCUCGGCGGAAAGGACCUAAGCGAACAAAAGAACGCCAUCAAGGAACUCAUCGAAGAGCGAUUCGACCACAUCUCCGAGGCCAAGCCCGAGCCGACGUCUGAGAAUGACCACGCCGUCACCAAUGGUGCCGCCGCGUCGGAUGCUGUAACCACUGACCCUUCUGCCUCGCCCGAACCCGCGCGGAAAAAGGCCAAGCGAUCAUCGUCGGUAGAGGACGCCGACGCGCGCCUGGCCGCCCAGCUCCAGGCGCAGGAGAACAGAAUGACUCGCGGCAGGUCCACGCGCGGCGGCAACGACAAGAAGAAGGUGACCAAGAAGAAGGCCCCGCGCAAGAAGAGCGCGAAACAGGUCGGUGCCGGCGACGACAACGAAAUCGAUGGUAGCGAGGAUUCCGUGCCCGCCAAGCGCAAGGCCGGGGGCGGUUUCCAGAAGCCGUUUCUACUCAGCCCUGCUCUCCAGGAGAUUACCGGAGAGACUCAGCUCUCCCGCCCCCACGUCGUCAAGAGCUUGUGGCAACACAUCAAGGCCAACGGACUCCAAGAUCCCAGCGACAAGCGCCAGAUUCUCUGCGACGACAAGAUGCAGGCCAUUUUCAAGCAGUCGCGGGUCGACAUGUUUAAGAUGAACAAGGAUAUCGGACACCACCUCUAUCCGAUUGAAGACUCCCGUGGUAACAGCAGAGGCGGCGGCUCAUCUGGAAACAACUCGUCGUCUCGCGGAGGAGCCAAGUCUGGUGGCCGCGGUGGACGAGGAAACAAUAACCGGUCCAAGGGGAGAGGCGGUGGCGGCAGAGACAAGGACAACGCUUCUGCUGCUGCUGCUGCUGCUGAUCCUGCCGGUCCUGCUUCCGCCGGCAACGGAUCCGAGGCAACAUCCGCUCUCAAGAACCCGGCUGCUCAGGACCUAGCUGCGUCCGUCAGGCCGGCCAAUGCCACCGGCGACCAGGACGUCCCCGACGACGAUGACGUCUGCUUCAUCUGCGCCAACACGGUCACGUACCACUCCAUAACGCCCUGUAACCACUCAACCUGCCACAUCUGCGGUCUGCGCAUGAGAGCUCUGUACAAGGACAAGAACUGUGCCCACUGCCGUACCGCCGCCCCUUACGUCAUCUUCUCCCAAGACCCCGACAAGCGCUUCGAAGAAUACACGGACCGCGACAUCAGCACGACCGACACCAACAUUGGCAUCAAGUACGCCAAGGAGGACAUCGUGGGCGAUACCGUGCUCCUGCUGCGGUACAACUGCCCGAGCCCGGUCUGUGACUUCGCCGGGCUGGGAUGGCCGGACCUGCACCGGCACGUGCAGGCCGCCCACAAGAAGCGCAUGUGCGACCUGUGCACGCGCAACAAGCGCGUCUUCACCCACGAGCACGAGCUGUUCAGCAACCGCGAGCUGGACCGCCACAUGGAGAGCGGCGACGACAAGCCCGGCGCGGCGGAUCAGACGGGCUUCAAGGGCCACCCCAAGUGCGGCUUCUGCUCCAAGCACUUUUACGACGACGACAAGCUCUACGAGCACUGCCGCAUGGCGCACGAGCGCUGCUUCCUGUGCGACCGCCGCGACUCGCGUCAGCCCCACUACUACCGCAACUACCAAGCCCUCGAGGACCACUUCCGCAACGAUCACUUCCUGUGCCGCGACGAAGCCUGCCUCGAGAAGAAGUUUGUCGUCUUCGAGUCCGAACUCGACCUCCAGGCCCACAACCUCGAAGACCACAGCUCCAAGAAUGGAGGCGGCUCCGGCCGCGAGGCCCGCCUCGUCAACAUGUCGGGCUUCGAGAUUCGCGAGUCAUUCCAGCCCGUCCGUCGUGGCGGCGGUGGCGGCGGCGACGCCCGCUCCGGCAGGGGUGGUAGGAGGGAAGGAAGCGGUCGCGGGAGGGACCACAACGCCGAGAUCGCACCCGUCUCGACACCCCAGACGCUGCGAAGAGACGAGAUCGCCUUCCAGCGCCAGCUGGCAAUCCACUCUGCGCAGUCGGUGUCCAACCGCACGUUUGGCGGCCAGCUCACGGCCUCGGCGGCCACGCCGGCGCCGGCGGCGGCCACGAGCUCUCGCGGCGGCAACGCCUCCCGACAGAACAAUGCCUCCCGGGCGAACCAGGACACCGGCGGUGCCGACCUGCUGGCGUCCCAGACGGCCGUCGACCCAUCCAGCAUGACGCCCGAGGAGCGCGCGCGACUGGUGCGGCACGGGGCAGUGGUGGAGCGGGCGUCCAACCUGGUAGGAAACGACCAGGCCAAGCUGAACUCGUUCCGCGGCUACAUAUCGUCUUACAAGAAGGGCGGCUUGACGGCGCCGCAGUUGAUCGACUCGUUCUUCACGCUCUUCUCCGACACGACGUCCAGCUCCCUCGGCACGCUGGUCAAGGAGGUGGCGGACCUGUUCGAAGACCGGGCCAAGGCCGACGGUCUCCGUUCAGCCUGGCAGGACUGGCGCGCCAUCAACGAAGACUACCCCAGCCUCCCCGGCCUAAGCGGCAUGCACGGCGAGACGUCGACGUCGACCGGCUGGGCCAGCGCCGGGGCGGCCAACCCGGCCCAGCCGGCCGGCGCCCCGUCUCAGCGACACUCGAACCGCGUCCUCAAGCUAAAGGACAGCACGCGUCUGGCCGGCCCGUCCCCUUCCCCCUCCGCCCCAUCCUCGUCAUCAAACUCGAACUCGAACUGGGUGGCCCGCGCGUCCGGCGGCUCCUCCUCCUCCGGCAGACUACCCUCCUCAUCUGCCGCGUUCCCCUCCCUGCCAUCCUCAUCCUCCAGGACAUCCACCACCCCUUCCGCAUCAGGUCCAUCCUGGACACAGCAGCAGCAGCAGCAGCAGCAGCAGCAGCAGACCCACCCCAAACGUCCCACAGGCCAAGAUGCCUUCCCCUCGUUGCCCGCUGCUCCCAAGCCCACCACCACCAUCUUCGGCUACGGCAACGGCCGCGGCGUCCGUAGGGACCUGGGCCGCUCUUCCGACACGGGCUUCCAGUGGGGUGGUGGGAGUGCCAGUGCUAGUGGAACGUCUACGCCUGCUGUCGACGGUGACGACGUCGAUCAGGGUCAGGGUCAGGGGAAGAAGGGCAAGAAGGGAAAAAAGGUUCUUCUGGCAUGGGGGUGA